GUGAGCAUGGCGCAGAGGACAGUGUUACGGGACGGGUGCGGGUUCCGGCGGCAGGCGGAUGAGAGGGCGGCCCUCAGGCGGAGCUGUGCCCGCGGCGGGGGCUCGUGCUGAAACGGGGACGCGCGCGGCGCUCUGGAGACGCGCCGGAUUAUUCCAGAAAUGCCCCCCAACCUCAGUGCUUCUGCCAACAACCACAGCGCGCAGCUCUCAGCCGCGGACCACAACUUUCCCGCACUCAUCUUCGGGAUUCUGCUCAUCGUCGUGAUCAUCUGCGGGAACCUGCUCGUGUGUCUCAGCGUAUACAGAGAGAAGGCUUUAAAAACCACCACCAAUUACUUUAUAGUAAGUUUAGCCGUCGCCGACCUGCUCCUCGCCGUGCUGGUCCUGCCCCUGUUCGUCUACACUGAGUUCCAGGAUGGAGUUUGGUCCCUGAACAUGACCAUGUGUGAUGGCCUGAUGACCAUGGACGUGAUGCUGUGUACUGCCUCCAUAUUCAACCUUUGCGCAAUUAGCAUUGACAGGUUUAUUGCUGUGUCCAUCCCACUCAAUUACAACCGCAAACAUGUAGACCAGAGGCAGAUUGUCCUUCUGUCUGCCACGUGGAUCUUGGCGCUAGCCGUGGCCUCGCCUGUGCUGUUUGGCAUCAACGAUGUGCCAAAUCGGGACCACAGCGAGUGCAAGCUUGAGAACAACAACUACGUGAUCUAUUCCUCUGUCUGCUCUUUCUUCGUGCCCUGCCCCAUUAUGCUGCUGCUCUACUGCGGAAUUUUUCAGGGCCUCCGUAGAUGGGAGGAGACAAGGAAAUUCAAGUUGAAAAGUAGCGCGCAGGCCUGUCAAACACCUGUGGAAGCACCAGCAUCUCUUCCACCACUGGCUUCUCUACCACCACCUCUACCCCCAGUUAUACAAAAUGACUUCACAGACCUUAAUCUGAAAGAGAUGGACCAAGACAUUGUCCCAGAUAGUCCUUAUACAAUAGAGUGUAAGAAUGGGCCUAUAGCUUCACUGACUUUCUCGGAUAGUGGUUACAAUCAAGAUCAGAACCAGGAGAAGAAGAGGACGAAGAUUAACGGAAGGGAGAGGAAAGCCAUGAGGGUGCUUCCUGUUGUGGUGGGUGCCUUCCUGUUCUGCUGGACUCCGUUCUUCGUGGUGCACACAAUGCGUGCUCUGUGUGAGGACUGCAACAUUCCCGGCAGUGUCAUUAGCAUUGUGACAUGGUUGGGUUAUGUUAACAGUGCCAUCAACCCCAUCAUCUAUACUGUUUUCAACACAGAGUUCAGGAAGUUCUUCAGAAAUUUUUUACCAAAAUGCUACUAGAUACAUUGCAUGAUAUUGUUCAUUUGACCAGCAAGCUCGGGGGCAAGGCCGUGAUUGUAAAAUAAGACAAUGCUUACAUCCUGUAUAUAGUUGAAUGUGUACUGUAUUUUGUGAUCAUGUUGCUGUUAUAUGGUUUUUCUUUACACUUGGACUGAAUGGGUGUAACAGCAGAGCUUCACUGGGAUACAUGGCUACUUUUAAUGGCCUUCUUCAUUGGCUCAUAUUGCAUGAUAAACAAGACCUAAUUUUGUUUUAUUUCUCAAAAUUUUGGCAUUUAAAUCAAAGCACCCCUCACGAAGAAGAUAAAUAAUUUACUUAAGAUAAAUAAACAAAUGCAGUAAACACAAAAUGAGGUAAGCACAUUCCUAUGUUCACUACGCUCCAGUGUUAUAGCUCUUGGCAUUUCAUUGUCCCCAGACCACCAUCUGCCUGCAUGAGGCAUCAGCUCACAUUUUUCUUGGUUCUUGUGAGACCUUUGAACCUGUAUUGUCUGGGAGCCGUAUACAGAGGUUUGUGGCAAUACUCCCAUCAAUUGAACUCCUAUCCUGAAAUGUGCAAGUGGUGUGUUGUUGAAAGAUUUUGUGUAGAGUUCUCACAGAAAGAGUUGUCGGUUCCUGCAAGUUAUCUGCUAACUUUAAGAAUCAGUCAUUUCACUCUGUGAAUGUUCACAGAAAUGACUGCAGUGGGUUCUGAGCCACCUCUGCCGGGAUCAGAAUCGUCAUUUACGGACAUUUUGGUUCUUUAAAACAUGAGCACUAUUCACGUUUCACUGCAGCAAAGAGACUCAUUUUGUGCUUGAAGUCUUCUGUAAAUGUCAAUCAGUUUCACGCCUUCAUUCACAAGAAAUUUUAUCACUAGUCUAGACUUCGUUUGAGCGCCCCUUUCAGAAACUUUAUCCACCAUAGGUGUGGUUGUUUGACUGCAUAUUUCUAUUCAAACCAAGUAACAAAGGUUCCUAAUUCUCGCAUACACUAAUGAACAGCUACUUUUUAUUA